UCUCACAUUUUGCAUUUUGUAUUUCGCACCAAAUAAUUCUCGCCCGCUGCAACUUAAUUUCAGUUGCAAUAAACAUUUCUGUGAAUCGGGAAGUCCAAUCAAAAUUAUGGCGUCAUUUUGUAAAAUAUUUCUACUGCUCAGUGCAUUUGUAAUGCUGCAGUGCGUGCAAUCACAAUCGCUAGCGGAAUUCAAUGGCACAGUGGCAAACAAUGCAGAGGCAACGCCGGUGGCAAGUACGAGUACAACAGAGCGACCGCAUACGAAAACUAAAAAUUAUUUACCGUUAAAAAGAGAACACUGGGCCAUAAUGUGCGGCGUGAUUUCACUAAUUUUCGUGCUCGCCUCAAUAUGUAAAUAUAUGUUUUGGCCAAAUGUGCGCAUUUGUGGCUGCAAACAAGUGGAAUUGCAACGCACAGGGCAUGUGAACAAUCGCGAGUUGAGACCACAGUAUUCUUGGGAUGAAAGUAAUCGGAAGUGAAUUUAUUUAUUUAUUUUUUUUUUGGUACAUCAAUGAUAUAUUUAAUAGACUCAUGUAUUGUAGUUUUAAGUAAUAUUAUUUAGACAAAUAAAUUCAAAAAAAAAAGUAUUUUAGGU